AUGAUGACAAUAUCUUUGAUCUGGGGAGUUGUUGUAGCUGUAUGCUGUUGCUUAUGGCUUAUUCUGGGAAUAAGGAGACGACAAAUAGGUGAACCACCUCUGGAGAAUGGAUUGAUUCCAUACGUAGGCUGUGCUCUACAAUUUGGUGCCAAUCCUCUUGAGUUCCUCAGAAAAAAUCAGAGGAAACAUGGUCAUGUUUUUACCUGUAAACUAAUGGGAAAAUAUGUUCAUUUCAUCACAAAUCCUUUGUCCUUCCAUAAAGUGUUGUGCCAUGGAAAAUACUUUGAUUGGACAAAAUUUCAUUUCACUACGUCUUCCAAGGUAUUUGGACAUAGAAGUAUUGACCCAAGUGAUGGACAUACAGCUGAGAACAUCAACCAGACUUUCAUCAAAACCCUGCAGGGGGAUGCCUUGAAUGCCCUCGACAAAACCAUGAUGGAAAACCUCCAGCUUGUUAUGAGACCUCCCAUCCUAUCCAAAUCCAAGACAGCUGCGUGGAUGACAGAAGGCAUGUAUUCCUUCUGCUACCGAGUGAUGUUUGAAGCUGGGUAUUUAACUCUCUUUGGCAAAGAUCUCACAAGGGAGGACUCACAAAGAGCACUUAUGCUAAGUAACCUUGACAACUUCAAGCAGUUUGACAAGAUUUUUCCUGCCCUGGUAGCAGGCUUGCCCAUUCAUGUAUUCAAGGCUGCACACCACGCCCGGGAGAAGUUGGCCGAGGACUUCAAGCAUGAGAACCUCCGCAAGCGAGACCACGUGUCCGACCUGGUCAGUAUGCGCAUGGUGCUCAAUGACCAGCUCUCCACUUUCGAUGACAUGGAGAAGGCCAAGACACACCUUGUGGUGCUUUGGGCAUCACAAGCAAACACCAUUCCAACAACUUUCUGGAGCUUAUUUCAAAUGAUGCGGAAUCCGGAAGCAAUGAAAGCAGCUACUGAAGAAGUGAAUAAAACAUUAGAGAAUGCUGGUCAAAAAAUCAGCUUUGAUGGCGAUCCUAUUUGUUUGAAUCAAAUGCAGCUGAAUGACAUGCCAGUCCUAGAUAGCAUCAUCAAGGAGUCUCUGAGGCUCUCCAGUGCCUCCCUGAAUAUCCGGGCUGCGAAGGAAGAUUUCACCUUGCACGUUGAGGAUGGUUCCUUCAACAUCCGCAAAGAUGAUUUCAUAGCUUUUUAUCCUCCGUUGAUGCACUUAGAUCCUGAAAUCUAUCAAGAUCCUUUGACUUUUAAAUAUGAUCGGUAUCUUGAUGAAAAUGGGAAAGCAAAAACCACCUUCUACAGUAAUGGACUCAAGUUGAAAUAUUACUACAUGCCCUUUGGAUCAGGAGCUACGAUAUGUCCUGGUCGAAUAUUUGCUGUCCAUGAGAUAAAGGAAUUCUUAAUCUUGAUGCUUUCCUAUUUUGAACUGGAGCUCGUGGAGAGUCAAGUUAAAUGCCCUCCUUUGGAUCAGUCCCGUGUAGGGUUGGGCAUUUUACCGCCAUUAAAUGACAUUGAGUUUAAAUAUAAAUUCAAAUCUUUGUGA